AAAUCUAAAUGGUAUUUAAAAACAAGUCAAUAUGAUUAUAAAAAAUAUUUACAAAUUAAUGUCUCUUAUUAAUUAUAACUACGCCCACUUUCAAAGUGUAAUGUUACUAAUUAUGUUUGUCUGUUUCGUUAUCUGUGUUACAAAAUUGUUUCUGGUGAUGUAUUUGUAACAUAAAUGGUACAUUUAUUUGUUCAGAAGCCACUGACUGAGAUGGCACAGAAGUUAUUUUACCUCGUUGUCUGUAUUUAUCUUGUAAGUUCUGAAUAUGUUAAUAGAAAAAGUUGCAAUAAUGUGGACCCUACUAAAUGUAAGAUCCACAAUGUUAAGUUAGACCCUUGCCCGGAUGGUCCAAAGCUCUGCAACAUCAAACGAGAGGAACCUUAUUCCAUAGCAUUUGAUUUCACUCCGGAAUUUGAUGCAAGGUCAUUAAAGGUGGCGUUACUAAGUGAUCCCAACAAUUCCACGAGUUUCUCGAGAGCCGUGACGCAGUUGCACAGCGGGUGUGACUAUACUAAGUGUCCCAUUGAAAAGAAGACUAGAAACAUCAUUGAGUUAGACUUCGAAUACUACGUGAAGUCAGAAGGUAAGAUUCCUCUCCAGUUAAGAUUGUGGAACGACGAAGACGACUCCGACAUGUGCUGUUUUAUAUUUGAUGUCAAUGUUUUGAAAUAGAUUAUUUAUAAUUGUGUUAAACAUACCCUCCUACUUAAACUUCACCAACUAAAUGUACUUCUUCCGUCGCAGCGGGAUAAAAAUUAAUGAUUUAUAUAUUAUAAGCUUUGUUUUCGUGGUUAUUUAAUAUAGCAAAAUAGUCUCCGAAGACACAAACUUUUAACUA